ACCGAGAAAAUCACAUGUAUUAUUGGUGUCCCCGGUGUCAAUUUCGUGUUUGGGGCAUUAUUCGUGUAAAUAUUUUUUUAAACACGUUCGUAACACGUAUUACAAAAACGACUUUCAAACGGAUUCUUUAUCACCAAUUUUCUCGUUCAUAACACAUGUACAACCCGAGAAUUACAACAACCCGAAACUCGUGUUUUCGAACACCAGAAAUUCACGAGAAUUUCUAGUGUUGUUGGUCACAGAAACCUAAAUGCUGCUCUCUCCGUUGUAAAGAAAGAGGGACAAUUCUUUAGUUCGAGAUGAGUAAUGGAGAAAGCACGAUCAAGAAAAAUAUUCCGAAAAAGGCACACACACAGAGUUCACCAUCACCCGAAUAUUUGAUUUUUGAAGCAGAUGACAUCUCGGAUUAUUCUGACAAUAAUUUAUCCACGCAGUCAAAUCUAAGUGAUAGUGAUUCUGAACAGUCUAAUACGGAAAGUAGUGCAAGUGAUUUAAGGGGGUGGGCACUAAAGCAUAACAUUACAUUCUCUGCUUUAGGAGAUCUGCUGGAAAUUUUGAAUCGACAUCCUAAUUUUGAUUUACCGAAAGAUCCUAGAACACUUUUAUGCACUCCAAGAUCGACUACAAUUGAAAAGGUGGAGCCUGGCGAAUACGUACAUUUUGAGUGGAUUUCAUCCGUCGAAAAGUUAAUUCAAGUUCCAACAGCAGACUAUAUUAAAAUUCAAAUUAAUAUUGACGGAAUCCCCCUCUAUAAAAGCAGCACAAGACAAUUCUGGCCCAUUUUAGCGAAAAUUGUAGAAUAUAAUCAGGUCGUUGUAAUUGGAAUUUAUUCUGGUUUUGGAAAACCUACAAAUAUUAAUAAUUUUUUGAGACAGUUUGUCAACGAAUUCAACACCAUAGAGCAAUCUUCGAAUUUAAAACUUAAAAUAUCUGCAAUUGCGUGUGACGUCCCAGCAAGAUCAUUUAUUUUGGGGACAAAGUGUCAUAAUGGUUAUAGUUCUUGUGGAAAAUACGGCACAUCAUAA